UAUCACCACCGUAUAGUUUCUGAUUUCUGAAAUCUGAAAUCAUACAUCUUUAUUGUUCUGAUGCUUUUGUCCUCUAGUUAACAUAGGUAUAGUAUAGUCUUGUCUUGUUUUAUAGCGGUUUUAUAGAUAUGUUGAAUACCAAAACUCCAACAUAAAAACCAAUCACCUCACCACCAUAACCAUUGCAUCAAACAACCUUAGCUUCUACUAUAUAACACCAAACACAUUCCACAACUUCCACACUCUCUUCUCUAUUCAAUGGAUCCUAACACCUUACAUUCUUCACACUCACAUUGUGUGCAACUGGAAAUUCACCAAGUUGUUCCACCACCUCACAAAACCACUUUACACAAACUCAAACUUAGGCUCAAAGAAACUUUUUUCCCUGAUGAUCCCAUGCGCCAGUUCAAAGGAAAAUCUCCUAAGACAAAACUUAUCUUAGGAGCGAAAUACAUGUUCCCGGUUCUUCAAUGGGGCGCGAAUUAUAAUUUGAAACUCUUCAAAUCCGAUCUUGUUUCCGGCCUUACUAUUGCUAGCUUGGCCAUACCGCAGGGAAUCAGUUAUGCUAAGCUUGCCAAUCUUCCUCCAAUAGUCGGACUAUAUUCUAGUUUUGUUCCUCCACUUAUUUAUGCUGUUCUUGGAAGCUCAAGGGAUCUAGCAGUAGGGCCUGUUUCAAUUGCGUCGCUUGUUUUAGGAUCUAUGCUUCGACAAGAAGUGUCACCUUCUGGUGAACCUGUUCUGUUUCUUCAACUUGCUCUUACUUCAACCUUUUUUGCUGGUCUAUUUCAAGCUUCACUAGGAAUUCUAAGGUUAGGAUUUAUUAUUGAUUUUUUAUCUAAAGCAAUCCUGAUUGGAUUCAUGGCUGGAGCUGCUAUAAUUGUGUCUUUGCAACAACUUAAGAGCUUACUUGGAAUCACACACUUUACUAAAGAGAUGGGUCUUGUUCCUGUUAUGACUUCUGUUUUUCAAAAUAUACAUGAGUGGUCAUGGCAAACAAUAGUGAUGGGAAUUUGCUUCUUGGUGAUACUACUCAUAGCAAGACACGUUAGCAUAAGGAAACCAAAACUAUUCUGGGUGUCUGCUGGAGCUCCUCUUAUGUGUGUCAUCAUCUCUACUCUUCUGGCUUUUGCUAUCCAGGCUCAAAAUCAUGGCAUCAGUGUAAUUGGAAAAUUACAAGCAGGAAUAAAUCCUUCUUCAUGGAAUAUGUUGAAAUUUCAUGGAAGCCACCUUGGUCUAGUUAUGAAAACAGGGCUUAUCACUGGCAUUUUGUCGCUAACUGAAGGUAUUGCAGUAGGAAGAACAUUUGCAGCUCUGGGAAAUUACAAAGUAGAUGGAAAUAAGGAAAUGAUGGCAAUCGGGUUUAUGAAUGUGGUUGGCUCUUUCACUUCCUGCUAUGUCACUACAGGUGCUUUCUCUCGUUCAGCUGUUAAUAACAAUGCCGGAGCAAAAACAGCAGCUUCAAACAUAGUAAUGUCUGUGACAGUGAUGGUGACACUCCUUUUUCUUAUGCCAUUGUUCCAGUACACACCUAAUGUUGUAUUGGGUGCAAUCAUAGUCACGGCGGUGAUUGGCCUUGUUGAUAUCCCUGCUGCUUGUCACAUUUGGAAGAUGGACAAGUUCGACUUCCUUGUGAUGUUAACUGCUUUCUUGGGUGUUGUUUUCAUCUCAGUCCAGGAAGGCCUUGCUGUUGCAGUUGGAUUAUCGACUUUUAGGUUACUCCUGCAAAUUACGAGGCCUAAAACAGUAAUGAUGGGGAAUAUACCAGGGACAGACAUAUAUAGAAAUCUUCAUCAAUACAUGGAAGCUAAAAGAAUACCGGGCUUUCUUAUUUUGAGCAUCGAGGCUCCCAUCAAUUUUGCGAACAUCACAUAUCUCAAUGACAGGACAAUGCGAUGGAUUGAAGAGGAAGAUAACGAAAAGGAACACUCGAGCCUUCGAUACUUAAUCCUAGAUAUGUCAGCUGUGAGCGCCAUUGACACAAGCGGAAUCUCACUUUUCAAGGAAUUAAAGGCAACAAUGGAAAAGAAGGGCAUUGAGCUUGUGUUGGUGAAUCCACUGGCUGAGGUCAUAGAAAAGUUGAAAAAAGCAGAUCACGCUAAUAAUUUCAUUCGAGCAGACAGCCUUUUCUUGACAGUUGGAGAGGCUGUUGCUUCACUUUCAUCAACAAUGAAGAGUCAAACAACCACGACAGAAGAAACACAAAACCGUGCCACGUAACUGAUUAGUUAAUCAAGAUUGCAGGAUAAAUAUGCUGAGAUAAAAAUGUAGACACCGCAGAAACAGACCGCAUAGAAUUUGUAUCAAAUCAAUUAUUGUAACAUUCUACACUAUACAGUUUAAACGUUUAAAGUGAAAUAUAAUUUCAACAGUUGUGCUGCGGCUUAUUAGAUAUAUGCCUCAGAAUUUUUGUUUAUAAUGCAACAACUUGGUGCUUUUCAAUUCAAGCAUUCGCGUUGAUUUA